AUGAUAAUUCCUCAGCUCAAGUUCAACAGAGAUAUCAAGCUGGAUAUUCAAUUCACAAUGGAAGAAGAAACCGAUAGGAAACUGGCAUUCCUGGACAUCCUGAUCACGAGACGGAAGCCUACAGGAAAGCAAUGCACACAGACUGAAUUAUCAGCUACCAAAGCGAUCACCCCAACUGUCACAAGCAAAGCUGCAUCCGGACUCUGUUCAAGCGUAUUGAGACGCACUGCAAGAAGUCAGCAGUCAGGGAAGAGAAACGCUUGUACAGUGCUUUUCAGAAAAAUGGAUAACCAGGAAAUUUCAUCUGGCGGACUCUGA